AUGCUGCUUCCUAUUAAAUUUGUAAAUUCCAAUGACUGCUUUGUAGCAUUACCUUUUCAACCUCGCUCAAAUGUCCUUAAAAUUACGAUAGCAGAGAACUCAGUUUAUGUUGGCUGGGCUGGAAAACAAUCAUCUCAAAAUAUUGAAAUAAAUGCAAUUUUUGCGAAAUCUAUAGGAAUCACUGAAGAAAGCUAUGUAGCAAUUGAAGAAGUAGAAGGCAAACAAAUUACUAUUGUUGAAGUGCAGCCUCUUGACGAAGAUUCAUGAGAACUUAUCAGCUCUAAUGCUGGAUAUUUAGAAGAAAAUCUUUUAAGUCAAAUAAAGGUAUUACAGAGUGGGAUGAUUUUUCCUGUGUGGAUAAGAAACUGCUAUGUUUGGCUUAGGGCGAUGGAAAUUACUGGAGGUUAUGGAUUUGUAGGAAGAGAUGCAGAAAUUUCUGUAAAGCCUUUCCCUAGGGUGCAAAGGGAUAGCUUGAUGAAUAUUAGGGCUGCCCCAGGAGAGUUUGAUAUGAUAUGCAAUGAAUUUCCAGAAAAUACUUUAAUUGCCUGCAAAAGAGAAAAUCAGCUCAUUCUUGGGAUAAAUCGGAAUGGGAAUGUGAGGGAUGGACACAUUAAAUGUAUGGCUUUAGAAGAAUUUUCGAAAUACAAGGCAAAACAAGUCCUGCCUUUUAAGGAGAAUGUGAAAUGUGUUAUUAAUAUAUUUAGUUUGGAAGUUAAAACAGCGAAUUUUCAGUUUGAGAUUGAAGGAAAUCAAGAAAUUAUUGAAAAGAUUUUGAAUGAGGCUGGAAAUUUAGUGCUAUAUCAUGGCAUGAGUAUAAAUAAAGAUAAUUGCUACUUGAAGGCAAAAGCUAUUGAUACAACAAUUAAUUUACAAGAAUGACAGCCUUUUAUUGUCCUUCAAUCAAAUGAUUUACAAAUAUUGAGCACUUUUAAAUAUAAAGAAUUCACUGAUGCUAGGAAAAUAGAAAAGGAAGUUAUCUCUACAGACAGCAUAGAGAAAAGUCUUAACAGCUUGAUUAAUAAUGAAAUUUUGCCAUAUUUUGACAAUGGGAUACCAGAUAGUGCAGCUUUGGUCAAAGGUGCAAGCGGAGUCGGCAAAUCUUUUUACUGCCAACUAUUAAAAAAGAAAUUAAAUGAUUUUUAUAUUGCAACUAUAAUUCUUCACGCAAGAACUUUUAUUCUUAUUUCCUUAAAUGACCAUAUUUUAAAAUAAGAUUAUAUUUAUUAUCCCCUUUAUUAUAAACUAUACAAAAAGAGACUUAUCAUUUUUAAAAGAAAUAGUAGAUGGAGUGAAUAAAGCUGCUGAGAAAUCUCCAACUGUUUUAAUUAUUGACGACUUAGAAGAAAUCUGUGGAAAAAUAGAAGACACACCUCUAGAAGUGACUGUAGAUUUAAAAAUAAUGUAUUCCAGAUGUGCAAUGUUUUUGUCAUCAAUGUUAGAAAUUUUAAAACCGAAGAAAAAAAUAAAAUUUAUUUUCACCUGCAACAAUGAAAAUUCUAUCCACAAAAUAUUGACGUCAUCAACACAUACGACAGCCCAAAUAUCAAUACCUUCCCUUUCAUUUUCAGAUAUUACACAAGUGCUGGGAUAUUUGCUUCCUCCUGAUAUAACUGCUCAUGGAGAAAUUGCAAGUAAAAUGAAGUCAUACCAAAUCGGAGAUAUUUUCUCAUUUUGCAAAUCAGCAAAAUUAAAGUUAAAAGCACUAGGGGUUGAAAUAACAAAAGAAUCAAUUUUGGCUGAAAUUGAAAAUUUCGUGCCGCAAGCUCUUACAAGUGCUCCUGUUAUAAAGGAGUCUACGAAGUGGGAUGAUAUUGGAGGCAUGUAUAAUGCUAAACGAGUACUAUUGGAAACUCUGCAAUUUCCGAUUAAAUUUAGGAUUUUAUUCCAAAACUAUGAGCUGAAGCAGCAAACUGGAAUUUUAUUAUACGGACCUCCUGGCUGUGGGAAAACACAUUUAGUUUCAGCGCUGCCAAGUGUAUGUGAUCUGAGCUUUAUUUCAGUAAAAGGACCAGAACUUUUAAAUAAAUAUAUUGGGGCUUCAGAGCAAUCUGUACGAGAAGUUUUUGAAAGAGCCAAAAGGGCAGCUCCAUGUAUUUUAUUUUUUGAUGAAUUUGAAUCAAUAGCUCCGAAAAGAGGAAGUGGAAGCCAAACAGGAGUCACAGACAGAGUUGUCAAUCAAUUUUUAUGUGAAUUAGAUGGAGUAGAAGCCAAAGAGGGAGUUUACGUUAUUGCAGCUUCAAGUCGGCCUGAAAUGAUUGAUGUCGCACUUUUAAGGCCUGGAAGACUUGAUUUCAAGAUUUAUUGUGGCUUCCCAAAUACACAAGAAAGGGCUGAAAUUUUUAAUAAAAUGCUUAGCAGGCUUGGAUAUCACUUAUGCCUCCUUAAAGGGUGAGCAAAAAGAUUUUGUUCGCCCAAGAAGAGGGUUAAUCUAUUUUAAAAAAUAUAUAUAAUUUUUUAAAAUGAAAUUCAAUAGAAUUAGCAAAAGAUUAAUGACAUUGCGAAUUAAAAAUUUAUUUAGAGGUCGUAAGAGCAUUUUAUUGACAAGUCAAAGCUAACCGCGUUAGGUCUUAAAGCCGUUAUUACCCUUGCUGGGGUGACAAGUUGGCUUAUCUUCACUUUCUCGCCCGUUUGUCUUCGUAAGAGCACCCGCCUUUAAUGCGAUUAUGCCAAUUGGCUUGCAUCUCACCUCAGAUAAUACCUCUCUGCCGAUUUUGAAUCACCCAGAGACUCAGAUAGCCUACAUGCCCAGUGUUUGUCUCACACGGCUUGAUGCUGGUCCAUCUCGCCAGCCAUCAUAUCCAAGGAAGCAAGGUCUGCUGACCCGAUGUUAGAGCUGGCUUGAGCAAAAGCAUCACCUGGAGAACAAAAUUAAUUUAAUAAAAGGCAUUUAUUGGUCAGUCUACCGCCAUUUCUGUGGUAAUAAUUUUUUUAUUUUUUUAUAAUAAAUAUCGCUUAUAUAUCAAAUAUUUUUUUAUAAAAAGAUUCUUGUUCGUUCAGAGAGUUUUUUUUACUCAAAAAUAGGGAUGCUUCCAAUGAUUUUGCUCGCUUGCGAAGGGAGGGGAGGGAUAGAUACCCAUCAAACCUCAGAAAUUUCUGAAGGCUUCACUGGUGCAGAUAUCCAAAGUGUUAUCAAUAAUAUACAAAUUAAACUUGCCCAUCAAGAAAUUGAAUCCAUUGAUACUUUUGUUUUAGAACAAGAAGUCCUAGGUUUCCAAAAAUCCAUUAAUGAUCAGAAAAGGAAAAAAUAUGAAGCACAAUACAAUAAAUUCAGUGCAGGGAAAAUUGAGCAUGUGGGUGAAAAAUUGACACUAUUUUAG